AUGCUGAGCGCCAGCAGAAAUACCCCACACAGUGCUAGUAAUGCUAGCACUGGUGGCACUGGCAGUAGUGUCAAUAAUAGCGGAGGCGUUUCUCGGAAGAAUACGCUGUCUAAGAUGGCAAAGUUAUUUGGUUCUAACUCGAAAUCUGUUUCCCAGAUAGAUGUACGAUCGGGAACAGACGUGUCGAAUUCGGUUUCUCAUUCGAAUCUGAGCUCCCAAAGUAGUGCUCCUUCUGCAAAGGUACAGACCAGUCACAAUGGAUCAAACAAACAGAAGAAAUCGCCCCUGGAGGCGUUGAGACCAUCGUCUCCCUCUCCUCCUCCAAUGCUAUCAAGCAAUAUUUAUCAUAACUCUGCAUCAUCGUCUCAUUCAAACAUACAGUUUGGUUAUAAAAAACAAAUAGUAUCGCCACAGUCUUCAUCGUCAUCAUCUAUUACUUCAUCGGUCUCUGCAACGUCAUUGUCUUCAAAUUCUCCAACAAGCGGAGCUACAUCAAAUUCCAAAAUACGAAGCAGCAGUGAGAAUAAUAACAAUAACGGCUCUUCAGCAACUGCAUCUUCAAUAGCAAUACCGGCUACCUUAACAUCAGCGCCUUCCAGCGGUAGAUUUAUCGUUCAUGCAGAUGGCACUCAUGAACAUCAUUUGAAAAGUGCAAAGAGACAAGAAAAACUUUCAAGCAUGAUCAAAAAUAUGGUUGGUGCCCAAAAGAUCAGGGGCCAGGCAAAAUCAGCUGUACCUGAUAUUAUGAUUGAUUCAAAAUUAAACCAAUCUCAAGUAUCGCAAUUAUCACAAAAUGCACCACAACAGAGAAUGGACCCGCCAACAUUAUUUGCUGGCCUUAUGAAACAAAUGGCAAAUCAAAAUGCCCAAAAUGAUCUGGACAAGUUCGAUGAAAAUGAACAUGUUCCAAUCAGCGGUGCAUCAAAUGAAAAAAGACAGUUCAAAAAUACAACAAGUGACAGCAGUAACAAUGUUACUGAAUCAUUUUCUGUCGCACCACUAUUCAAGAAAAAAGAUUCGCUUUGCUUCGCAGAAAAAUAUGGUCGCUGCCAAGAAGUCUUAGGCAAAGGUGCAUUUGGUGUUGUUAGAAUAUGUCAUAAAAAAAGUCAGAAUUCAGCUAACGGUUUAAGAUCCGAAACUUUAUUCGCAGUAAAAGAAUUUAAAAGAAGAGCAACUGAAUCUUCUGAAAAAUAUUCAACGAGGCUAACUUCAGAAUUCUGCAUCUCUUCUUCGUUACGUCAUACAAAUAUUAUAACCACUUUAGAUCUUUUCCAAGAUGCAAAAGGUGAUUAUUGUGAAGUUAUGGAAUACUGUGCAGGUGGUGAUCUUUUUACUCUAAUUAUUGCUGCAGGUAAGUUGGAAUAUUUAGAAGCAGAUUGCUUUUUCAAACAAUUAAUUCGCGGGGUUGUCUACAUGCAUGAUAUGGGUGUUUGUCACAGAGAUUUGAAACCGGAAAACUUACUAUUGAAAGGUGAUGGUACUUUAAAAAUAAUCGAUUUUGGUAAUAGCGAAUGUUUUAAAAUGGCUUGGGAAAAGGAUGUUCAUUUGAGUGCUGGAAUAUGCGGAUCAAGUCCAUAUAUUGCACCUGAAGAAUAUUCUCACGAUGAAUUUGAUCCAAGGCCUGUUGAUAUAUGGGCUUGUGGUGUAAUAUAUAUGGCAAUGAGAACAGGACGUCAACUCUGGAGAGUUGCUCAAAAGGAAGAUGAGUUCUAUGCAAAGUACCUCAAGGGAAGGAAAGAAAAAGGUGGUUACGAGCCAGUGGAAAAUCUGAAAAGAGCAAGAUGCAGAAACGUUAUCUAUUCAAUGCUGGAUCCGGUUCCUCAUAGAAGAAUUAAUGCAAAACAAAUUUUAAACAGUGAGUGGGGCAGAGAAAUCAAAUGCUGUAACGAUGGACAUGCUCUCAAAUAG